UAUUAUUAUUAUUAUUAUUAUUGUUAUUAUUAUUAUUAUUAUUAUUGUGGUUUAACUUUAAAGAGUCCUAGGGUAGAAUGGUAGAUGAUAGCAUUUCCUAAUAUACCAGAAAAAGCAAGAUAAAAAGCCACUUGUGAAUCAUGCUUUUCUUUUCAGUGCUGGCACUGCUUAUUUGGGUUUAAUAGUAGUUGUCAAUUACAACCACUUAACUUUUAUUUGGCAGUACAAAACUUAAGUUACUCGUUUUUAAUGAAUUCUGUUUAUGAGUUUUAAAUUUUAAACUACUCAUUUAAUUAGUACCUACCGUUAUAUUUGCUGACUAGUUUUGUAAUUAUUCAACUGUGCACAUGAAUCCAAUAAAAGUAACCAUAAAUAUUUAGUUAAUUCAAAUUAAAGCACAAUGCUGGCAUUUUGUAGGCUUGAUAAUUUCUUUUUCAUCUCUGUCACAUUAACUUGCAGUUCAAGUUAGGUAAAACUGAUGCAAUAAAUUCUCCCUUUUUUCUUCUUCUGGAAGUUCACAAUGAUCACUUAUUUAAUCAUCUAAUCUUAAGGAAAAAAGUUCUAUGGCUUUUGUGGAGCCGAUGGAGCGAAUGAGCAGUUUUGGUUCAGCCGCUAGUAGGCUUUCCGUGAGUCAAAAGGUGGUAGAUGAAGAAUCUGAGAAUCAUGAAUUUGUUUCUGUUGCAGGAGAUAUUGGAGCUAGAGUUCUUCAAGGAGGAAGGAAAAGUACUACCGAGAGCGGUGGCUUUAGGUUGUCUAUAGAUCAUAUCAAACCAGAAAAUGGAUCUCUGUAUAAGCCUCAAGAGGAAUAUGAAUUGCAGCAACCUGAUAAUAACUUUAUUGUAAAUUCACAAGAACAAUUUCCCACCCUUGUUGCAACUAAUAACAAAGUUCAUUCUAAAGACAUAAAACAAGUUCAGGAGUCUGACAAGAAGUUACCAAAGCUACUGAAUUAUGUUUCAUGUCUAACUCAUUUGGCAGUUUUUGGCAUUCUUGGGGUUUUAACGAGGUACUUAUUGCAAAGAUUAUUUGGACCGGGCGGUGUUGGUCUGACCAGUGAUCAUACUGUUGUUUACCUUGAUCUACCUUCUAAUAUGAUUGGUUCCUUUUUUAUGGGAUGGUUUGGAGUUGUAUUUAAAGAAGAUAUAUCCCGUGUAUCUGAACAUCUAGCCAUCGCUCUUACAACCGGCUACCUAGGGAGCCUAACAACUUUCAGUGGCUGGAACCAGAAAAUGCUUGAGCUUUGUGUCGCUGGACACUGGAUCUUGUCUUUACUCGGCUUUCUAAUAGGCAUGUUUCUUGUAGCAUUUUCAAUCAUAUUUGGCGUGGAAACUGCGAAGGGAUUCAAAUGGUUACUGAAAAGACUAAAGAAGAGACAUGAAAAUGACACUUCUAUCUCUAAAAUUAACUGGAAAGUUGACAGCUUCCUUCGUCGAUUAGUAGUUACCAUAGUGUUGUUAGUCAUAUUAGUUUUGUUAUGGGUUGUGAGUAUUGUAUUGGAAAUAAAUGAAUUCAAAAAUGGUGGUGGUGAAGCUCAGUUGUGGUUAGCCUGCAUGAUUGGACCUCUUGGUGUUUGGCUUAGGUGGUUCUUAGCUAGUCUUAAUGAGAUUGGAAUUGGAGGAGGGUUUUUGAAAUGGUUUCCAUUUGGAACUCUAUUUGCCAAUGUUUCUGCUUCUUGCAUCAUGGCUGCACUUGCCACCCUCAAGAAAUCAAUGAAUACCACAAAUAGUGAUACUGUUAUAACAGGAUUUCAAUUUGGUCUAUUGGGAUGUCUGAGUACUGUUUCUACAUUUGCUGCUGAGUUCAAUGUAAUGAGAGAAAGCAAGCAUCCUUGGAGAGCAUAUGCCUAUGUUAUGGUUACCAUAUGCAUUUCAUUUUCUUUUGGGAUCUUAUUAUACAAUAUCCCUAUUUCCAGAAUGUGAGUAGGCAUAGAAAGUACCUACUUGUUUGGUUGUUUGGCUACUUUGUGUGUGUUUGAAGUUUUAUUAUGUGUGCUCUUGUGGUUCAAUAGUGAAGAUGUUUGGUCAAUGGGUUAUAUGAAGUUGGAAGAGAUAUUAUAUUGGUGUUCAUGGUGUAAUUUAGAAUUCGGGAAUUUGAGAAAUAUCGCAUUUGAUGUAGUCGUGUAUGGUGGAGCGGCUGUUUAAGAUCGGGUAACUCACAUAAUCUUGAUCAAUCGUUCUACAAUGGGCGACUGCAUCAAAUACAAAAUUUUCUAACUACAAGAAGUUGUAUUCAAUGGGGAUAUUGUUGAAAGAUGUAAAGAAAGUUACUACAUUGCACGCAUAGAAAAAUGAUAUGAAUGCGGCAAAAUAUAUCAAAUACAAUUAUUUAUAUAUUUGUAAAUGUUGAAAAUAUUGUUGUUUGUUGGCACAUGCAGCACAUCACUUAAA